AUUUGUCCACUUUUGCAUGUAUCCUGUAUGGACACCAAUUUCAGUACUUGCAGAGGUUAGGACUCUUCUUUGGAUCGGUUGUACAGUCGUGGUUAUUUGCAAAAUUCAGAUCAUGAUAUGCAUCAAGAAAAAAAUUUAAGGUCAAUUUCUUAUCGCGGAGCAUCGACGCAAGCUUUCAUUGUACAUGCCACAUGAGGCGCCUAGGGUUCGACUAGAAGAAAUUAAUGAGUCAAUUCGUAUUUGUCCUAGGCCUUCUGUUGCUGAUCAUGCAUCUUUGUUUUGAAUCAGUCAUGGCUAACACGAAAACUGGCAUCCAGACUUCGUCUUUGCAUCGGACGUUCACAUCAGGACCGAAAGAAAUAUGCACAUCUCCCGUUCUGCUGAUGACCACCGCGUUUUCACGAUGCGGAGGAGAGCAAGUGCGAUUAAAAGACGAAGCGAAAUGCAUGCAGAGAAGUACUGACCUCUGGUACCUUGCCAAAAAAACCACGUACGCAGCUCAAACAUCAGAAGCACGAAAGAACUUAGAGCGUUCUUACAGUCAAACUUUGUGGAGGGAGGAGAGAUGACGAAUAAGAGAUUCAAAAAAAUUCCCGGGCCGUGGGAAGUAAUGAAGUCCAUCAAUUCAAAAGCACGACUUUCA